AUGGCGUCCCUCUCAAACCCGCUCCAUAAGUUGUUCGGCAUCAGUGCAAAAGAGCAUGGUGAAAGCCAGUGGCAUCCAAAUAGCAAUGCAGAGCUAGAAGGGAUCGGACUAGGUCUUUCCAGAACAGGGACAACAUCGCUUCGUGAAGCGCUGGACGAUUUGGGUUUCGGUCCUGUCCACCACGCUGUGGAACUCUACCGUCGUCCUCAGCACAAUGAUAACAUGAUUGCGUUUCUCAAAUAUCUGGGUGAAAACCCACAAGAGAGCAAGAAUCCUAGUCCGGAGACGAAAGCCCGGAUCCGAAAAUUAAUGCACGGUUAUCGGUCGACUGUUGACGGACCUCUAUGCGAUAUGAUUCCAGAGCUGGUCGCCACUUAUCCCAACGCCAAAUUCAUCCUCUCAGUCCGCGACUCAGAGGAAAUAUGGUGGAAAUCGUGGAGGGACACCGUUGGCAUGCACUUCCUGACCGAAACAUGGCGGUACAGAAUUUUCAGCGUGCUCAUCUCAUCCGUUCGAGUGCUCAGACGAACUGACGACAUGGCCCAAGAAGCCAAUUACCGGACCAGACGAGAUUUUGGUUUCAUCGGUCCCCAGAUAUAUCGGCUGCACAACCAGAAGGUCCGUGACUUGGUACCGAAGGGACAAUUACUCGAGCACAACGUGAAGGAUGGAUGGGGUCCUCUUUGUCCUUUCCUGGGAGUCGAUGUGCCGAAACAUCCCUUUCCCAGGCGAAAUGAAAGCGACAGUGUCAAGGCAAUUUACUUCGGCCAGCAGGUAUUCGGCGCGUGUGCUUGGGCGUUCUAUUGCGGACUUGUUGGCGGUAUCGCGUAUCUGGCGGCCACUCCUGAAACAGCUCGUUCGGUCUUCAGCGCAUCUGGUCUUCAGCGCGUCUUUGGACUGGGUAUCUGCAAAGACUCCAACUAA